AUGGUGCAGCACGGCCUUCUACCAAAACCUCUGCCAUCGGACCUCCUCACCGUCGGCCAGCUCCUCACACAUCCCCUGCACCCGGAGCCGCACACGAAGAAGUCGACGAUCUCAACGACUACCACAUCCAAUCUUCGCUACAAGGAUGUCUUCUCCGUCGACAGCGAAGGACGAUUCAUCACAAACUAUGGAGCCAAGUUCGAUCUGGGAAGGAUAUUCAGACAGCCAAACCUUUUGACGGUCAGGGCUGAGCAGAUGAUCCAGCGCACGAGUCAAUCCAAGGCACAAGCCUUCCAAGCGGUCUGCAACGACCCUGAAGCGCGGACGUGGAUAUCGGAGCAGGUCAAGGCGGGCAAGCCACUCUACGUUGUGCUAGGCAUUACCGAGCUCAAGAACGCCUCCUUCAAGCGCGCAAAGCUUCACGACGCAGGCGCAUCGAACCGUCUCAACGAAACGCCCCUCGAGAACGACGCAAAGGUGCCCAAGUCCAUUCGCGCUCGGGCAGAUGCAAGCUUGGGAGGCAUUGGCUCUGCACCCACCAUAUCAGGCGUCUUCGGCAUGGACGUCCGACAUGUACAAGCGAGGAUUACCACACCGGCAGAGCCCCACAGGCUAGAGGAUAUAGGAUACCACUGGUACUACUACGACGUCCCCGGCAGCUCCAGCAAGGAGCAGCUCAUCGUGGGCUUGGGAGAGCAGCUCAAGGGCCAACGAGCUUCGUCUGAUGCUCGACUUGAGCGAGGAAGAUCCUGGAUGCUGCGAGUGCUGCUGCGAGCCCAAUGUUGCGACCCAGCUCGCCAGCACUACGCGGGCGCUCGCCUUCUCCACACCCAGGAAUGCUGCGCGCAUAGUAAGCCAGACUUCAACUUGGCUGAUGAGAUUUACGACAUCCACGAGACUGCAUGA